CUUCCAAAAACUAAUAAUAACUCAUAGUAUUACUUUAUUAUUUGCCUAUAAAAUGAGAGGGCAAGGUAUACACUAAUCACUACACACAUCUUCUAAACUAUAUAAAUAUAUAUAUACUCCACACAAAAUAUAUAAUCUUGAUUUUCUAUUUAGUCCCUAAUAUACAACAAUGGCAAGUUUAAUUAUGAAGGUACUUUGGUUGGUGGUAUUGGCCAUGGUGAUAGCAUCACCAGUGGCACAUGCAAUAACAUGCAGCCAAGUGUCUAGCAAUCUUGCGCCAUGCUUGGAUUACCUAAGGAACGGCGGGACUGUCCCGGAUGCGUGCUGUAACAAUAUUAAGUCGUUGAGCAAUGCAGCCAGGACUCCCGCCGACCAUCAGGCUGUCUGCAACUGCUUGAGCAAAGUUUCAAGCGGUUCCAAAGGAUUCAUGAGCUACAAUGCUUCUGGACUUCCGGGCAAGUGUGGUGUCACCUCCUGCAAUAGAAUUCGGUAAACUCCAUGGUGAUUUUUUCAGCUUAUAUAUAUAAAUAUAUAUAUAUAUAUAUAUAAUUAUAAGAAUAAAAAAGUGUUGGUGUUAUAUAUAUUUAUAAACCUCACUACGUGUAUUUGGAUUCUCUUUAGAGACUCGUUUUGUAAGUUUAUAGCUUUAAUUAGUAUUAUGUAAUGUUUUAUAAUUAACGAGUAAAUGAAGUGUUAUAAAGAUUGUAAUUUGUUUUUAAAUAUAUUUUUGUUAUUCAUA